GAGAGCUUCUUCCACCGGCUGUUCCACAUUCCCACUGGAGGUGGGGGGAUUGGCCGAUGCUCGGAGCUGGUGUCUAGCUGUUUUCUCUGGGAUCUGACGCUUCUGUGGGUCUCACUAGUCCCAUGCUUUGCCUUUGGACUUUCCUCUCCGCUUCCCCAAUCAGUGACUGAUCCCCUGUGUGUCUGGUAUCCCGUGUCUCAGUGGAACGCUCCCCCGCCACCAGCAGCGAUGUUUGACAAGGGCCGGAUCCCCUUUGUAAUCCUGGAUAUAGUCUGCGUGAUACUGGCCGGAUUGCCUUUUGCAAUUCUCAAUUUGAAGCAUACCCCCUUCCAAAGAGGAUUUUUCUGUAAUGAUGAUUCACUCCGGUAUCCAUACAAAGAAGACACCAUUUCAUAUGGCUUAUUGGGGGGAAUCAUGAUCCCAUUCUGUAUUAUUGUUAUAAUAUUAGGAGAGGCCUUAUCAGUCUUUUAUAGUGACUUGCGGUCCGGUGCCUUUAUCAGGAACAAUUAUGUAGCCACUAUUUACAAAGCCAUUGGGACGUUCAUUUUCGGGGCGGCAGUGAGUCAGUCACUGACAGACAUUGCUAAGUACACCAUAGGUCGACUGAGGCCACAUUUCCUGGACGUGUGCAAACCCAACUGGGCCAAAAUCAACUGCAGCUUGGGCUACAUUGAGAACUUUGUCUGCGAGGGGGACCCUACUAAAUCCAGUGAGGGAAGGUUGUCCUUCUACUCUGGCCACUCUUCUUUCUCCAUGUACUGCAUGGUGUUCCUCGCUCUCUAUCUUCAGUCCAGAAUGAGAGCGGACUGGGCCAGACUACUUCGUCCUACUUUUCAGUUUGCUCUGAUCGCGGUAUCUGUGUACGUUGGGCUUUCCCGAGUUUCUGACUACAAGCACCACUGGAGUGAUGUUCUGACUGGUCUCAUCCAGGGCGCAGUCGUUGCUGUACUUAUUGUGGUUUAUGUCUCAGACUUUUUUAAAGAGAAGAAGGGCACAUUGAACCAAAAGGAAGAAGAUUCCCACACGACUUUACACGAGACAUCAACAAAUGGAAACCACUAUGGAACUCAUCAGCCCUGAAAGGGGAAGAGACUUCCUCCCACCACCUUGCCACUUAAUGCAAAAAAAUAUCCUGCUUUUAGAGAAAUGUAUUUAGAAGAGUGAAAACUCUCUUAAAAAAGCCUUUAACCCUUUCAGUACUGUUAAGGCCAGCACCUGCCCUCCAUGCUGAAAUAUAUUAUUAGCCCUUUGGGUAGCAGAGGGAUCCAACAUCCAAGGAUGAUGAACUCUCUGGCUCCCAAAAGGUUACUGGACUGCUGCUAUAAGUGUUGGAUGCCCACUUGUAUAUAUUUAAAGAACACCCUAUGUAUAUGUUAUAGCUUUAAAAAUAAGUUUCUUUAUGCAUUUAUCAACUAUACACAAAAAAGUGAAAUGUGGUAUUCAAACUGUAAAUUUUUUUUUAAUUAAAAUAGUGUUAACGCAUUUUAUGUACAAAAACACUUGUAUAAUAUUGCUUUGCUCAAAGGCUGCUUGAGAGCCAAAUUUAUACCAACAAAACAAUAAAACGGUUUAUAGCAAA